UUUCUGUAAAUAUCAAGCCGAAAUUCGCACGAGAAGUCACCAAAAAAUGCGUCUAAGUGAGCGGCGGUGACUCUAUAGUCCACCGAAAGUUUAGAAAAUCCGCGCCGUUUGCAUCGUUCGCACGCAAUCGAGCUUCACCGGCGGCCAUUUGCAAUCAUUGGGGCGUGGAGCGUCAACCCUUUCCUCCAAAGUUCAAUGGCUGUCAGUCUCGUAUGUUCACGGAGAAUAAAAGAAAAACGAGAAAGAAGACGAGACUGUCGCGCAUUUUGAAUUGCGCGCCAUGCAGCGCGGCCCCGCCAUUGGACGGCGGUGCUCCCUUUGUGCAGCAAAGCCGAACCACCGCCACAGCGCGUUCUCGCUAGCCGCACAGUUUCCCGUGUCCUCUCCGAGUUUUCUUGAGAUGACAAGCCCGAAAAAGUGCAGUUCCGACGUCCGCAAGUAUGGAACUCGGCACAAGUACCGGGGGAAACGGCGUAAGACUGUUAAAAAAACGACAGCCGGAAGCGACGCCCGCAACGCUCCGACGUCGGUUAGGCCUACCGCCAACACCGGUCACCGCGACAGUGGUGAAAUCGACGCUGCUGUGGAUUUCGUGAGUGCAUCGCAGAAAAAGAUGGAAUUCUUCAAAAGCGAAUCAAGGUCGGUCGGCGCCCCUGCUGCUAGCACGGUGUUGUGCGAGAUCGGCGCAUUGACGGCACUGGUGACAGGUUCGGUAUGCCCGACUUGCUGUGAACGGAAACUCGCCGUCCGAGAAGCAGCUGAGAAGCGCAAAGGACUUUCGUCGCACCUGGAGCUACGCUGCGAAAAUACCGACUGCCCUGAAUCUGUGCUUUCAUUCACGCACACGUCGAAGCGGAUCGUCUCGGCCGGCGCGUGCGGUGACCCCGGGGUGAACACUCGCUACGACAGCGGGAGCUCGCGCGACGGCUUUGCCGUAAACGUGAAGGCUGUUUUGGCAGCGCGUGCUAUAGGAGUUGGAUAUGACCAGCUUUCGCGAUUUUGUGCGAUCAUCGGCCUUCCAAAACCGCUGCAUCACAAGACAUUCCAUGCUAUUUCUAAGAAGCUCCAUGGUGCUGCAAUGGAAGCUGUUAGCCAAAACUUGGAACUGGCGCGAAAAGUCACGAAAGACGCCGUUGGCGGCGGCGAUGUGCCAGUCAUGUUUGACGGCACUUGGCAAAAAAGGGGCCAUAAAAGCCACAACGGAGUGGGCACAGCUGUUUCCCUGGACACAGGUCUUUGCUUGGACUUUGAAGUCCUUUCAAAUUACUGUCUUGCUUGCAGUAUCCACAAGGACAUGGGUGAUGAUGAUGAGGUAUGGCAAGCCUUUCAUCGUCCUGUAUGUGAAAAAAACACCGAAUGUUCAUCCCAUGCAAUGGAACCUGAAGCAGCAGUGCGCAUAUGGCAGAGGACUUUGUCAUACGAGACCCCACUGCGCUUCACAAGCUUCUUGAGUGAUGGGGACAGCAAAGCCUUUACUGCCGUCUGUGGGGCUGAGGUGUACGGUGACACUGUCAUCGAAAAAGAAGAGUGCACCAACCACGUUGCAAAACGCUUAGGCACUGCUCUGCGAAAAAUGACAACGCCACUGCCACGAGGUGAAAAGCUAACGGUCGCAGCCAUCCAGAAACUGCAGACAUACUACCAAAUAGCCAUAACAAAUAACAAGGGCAGUGUGCGCAGCAUGUACACUGCUAUAUGGGCCUCAUAUUUUCAUUGUUGCUCCAGUGAUGGGGCCAGCAGCCACAAAUUUUGCCCUGCUGAACCAGAUUCCUGGUGCAAACAUAGGCGUGCUGAAGCACUGGGGGAGCCUACACCACGCCACACCCCCUUGUUGACAAAAGCUCAGGGCUUGGCAAUUAUGCCUAUAUAUAAGCGCCUUACUGAUGAGAAGCUCCUGGCUCGGUGCCUUCAUGGCAAGACGCAAAACGCAGCAGAGUCACUCAACAGCAAGAUAUGGCUGCUGUGUCCAAAAACAAAAUUUGCUUCCCGGACAUCUGUGGAGACAGCCACGGCUAUUGCCGUGCUGUGGUACAAUAAAGGCCAUGCGGGCUUUGAAGAAGUCCUACAAGAGAUUGGAGUACUUCCCCCAGAAGAGUUGGUCACACAUAGCGACCAUUCUGAUGACAUGCGUGUAAAGAAAAUGAACUUGAAGCGAACCGCAGAAGCAAGGGCGCAUCGUCGUAGCGCAGUGAAAAGGGCUCGCACCGAGGAGACCAACCGUAGGAGCCGGGAAGGGCCAAGCUACAGUGCAGGAGCAUUCUAGAAACUUUUGUGUGCUUUCUGUGAAGCUGCUCUUGAGUGUGACAAAGAUUAAUGCAAAAACAACUGGAUUUUGAAGAAUAGAAGGUUUUGAAACUUUCAAACCUGUUUUUCUCAUUUUCAAAUUUUUUGAUAUUUUCGUGUCUUCCGGGAAGCCUUUUGUACACUUAGAAUUGGUGUAUACUAAUGAAAUUUGGCACACAUACUCUUGAAGGUAUGUAGAAUACCGAUAUCUACUUGAAAUUUCAAUAUCAGUCGUCAGUAAUUACAAUAGUACGAAGUUAUGUCUCAGGGAACUAAAAGAAACAAUGGUCGAAGUGUCAAAAUUUUUUUCUCCCACUUCCUAUAACUGAACACGCUUUUUGACUAGAUAUCGGUACUCUGUGAUCUAGGAAGAGCUAAAUAAGCUAUAGCACGAUACCUUUUGUGAAAGUUUAGUUCAUAAAAAAGUGCCCGUAAAGACCCCUAUAAUUUGCACUUCAGUAUAAUAUAACUCGAGAACUAUAGCAGCUACACAAAAACUAAUUGCAUAUUUGAAAUCUGCAUAAAAAACUCUUCAGUUGGCUGAAUUUUGAAGUCUCUGGUACAAAUAAUAAAAAAAAAGUUGUUUCGAGGAGCCUCUCC